CGCGGUGGUGUGCUCGGUCGAAAAAAGAUGUAAAUAAGAACCCCUCCCGAGUCUCUGCUCGGACAGAGUUCCUGUGCGAUUCUCGACACCCUCAACUCCAGCCGCAGUCCUUCCUCCGCACGCUGUACAUACGAGAUAGUACUGGAGAUACAUACUAAUACGGACAAAGUGCACUAUACAAGAUGCCUCCCUCUUUCCGCAUGUCCAGGACCCGGUUCUCGCUGGAAACCAUCCUCCUCGUGUUUGGAUUCUGCAGACCGAUCGAGCAGUGUCUGUUCCUGUUUGCUGCACCGGAGCUCAUCAACGUGCUGCUCUCGAAGCACCUCACGACGCGGGAGGACAAUGGUGACACCACCUUGCACCUCAUGGCCAAGGACCAGGCCCAGGGACGGUCCAGACUGAUCGCCCGGGCCCUGUUCUCCCGGAAAGACAUCGACGUGAACGUGCCAAACGGCAACGGGAAAAUUCCCCUGGUGUGUGCCGCCCAGCGGGGGAAUCACUGGUUGGUCAAGCUGCUGCUGCUACGGGGCGAUUUCAACUGGACCAUGUUGGACGCCUUUUCCUUCACUCCGCUGGUGUGGGCAGCCAAGAAGCAGGACAAGGCAUUGAUGAAAGCCCUCCUGUCUAACAGGAACAUCCGCCUCAAUGAGUGUGACGUCUUCCGGCGAACGGCGCUGUCGUACGCGGCCGAGUAUGGGAACGAGGGCAUGGCGCGGCUGUUGCUCCAGAAUCCGGCUGUAGAUGCCGAAUGGAGUGAUGAGACUGCCCGAUCGCCGUUGUCCUAUGCGGCUGAAUCUGGCAGUGACAGGAUUGUCGAGCUGCUUCUGGACCGCGAGGAGGUCAACGCGCACUCGGUGGAUUCGUAUAUGAAGACGCCGUUUGGCUAUGCAGCGGAGUACAACCACAUUGGUAUCAUGUUGGUUCUGAAAGAGUGCGAGUAUUGAGGUUGUUGCAGAUAUGCAGUGACGGAGUGCUGUUCUUGGUUAUGUGCCCGAUGAUUGUAUUCUCAGCGGUGUUGCCAGCAGAUGUAUGCAGCUUAUACUAGUGUAGUUAA